AUGGCGCCCACGACUGAGGAGCCCGUCAAGCGCGGCCGCGGCAGACCCCCCAAGGUCCCUGGCGAGAAGAAGGUGUACGUUCCCACAGGCCGUCCUCGCGGUCGCCCCAAGGGAAGCGGAGGCGUCAAGAAGGCCACGACGCCCAAGAAGCCCGCUGCUUCGACCGGCAGAGGCCGUGGCAGGCCCAAGAAGGACGCCGUCGAAGCUGCCGUCGCCGAGGCCUCUGAGACCCCCGCGAAGAGCGGCACCCCUGGCCGUCGCGGUCGCCCUCGCAAGUCCGACGCGUCCGCCGCCGCCCCGACCCCUAAGAAGGAGACCAAGAAGAAGGGCCGCAAGAGCGACGCCUCCACGAAAGACAAGGAGGAAUCCCCUGCGGCGGAGUCGUCUUCAUCCGAAGAGGAAGCCAAGGACCUUGAAGAUGCCGGCGUAAAGUCGCCCUCGAACGCCGAGGACUCUGCCGAGGAGGUGCGUCGCUCCCCCUGGUCGAGGAUGAUGGGAGGAAUUUUCGGCUGA